GGAUUGUUAUCACCAGCUCCAUCCAUUCAGGUACCAAAGGUCUUAUCAACAUAUCUCGUACAUUGAAUUACAACAUAUCAUCAAACAUUCCGAACAUCCAUCAUGAAGCUCACAAACUUAUCACUCUUAGCUCUAUCGGCAUCUCUUGCAUCUGCAAGAUUUAUUGAACAACACGAAACGGAUCAAGUUAUCCUAAAUUCUAAUGUCGUGGAUAGUGAGCGUUAUCUGAUCGAGACCGCCCCUGGCAAACAACAAUGGGUUACAGAAGAAGAGAAAUGGGAAUUAAGAAGAAAUGGACAGAACUUUAUGGACAUUACGGAAACUCCAGAACUUGGCACCUUGAAGGCUUCGUCGGUCAAGGCGAAGUUUCCAUCAAAACCAACCCUUCAGAAAGACCUCAAACCGCUACUUAAAGACUUGGACAAGUCUAAUAUGCACGAGAACCUCAAGACCUUCACUAGUUUUCACACCAGAUAUUACAAGUCCGACUAUGGUCGUCAGUCCUCAGAAUGGCUUCUGGAGCAAGUUCAAGGGUUGAUCAAGGAUGCUGGAGCCGAUAAACACGGAGCUCACGCUCGUCAUUUCAAACAUUCAUGGGGACAAAAUAGUAUUAUUGCUACAAUUCCUGGACAAAAGAAUUCGACCGUUGUCGUAGGCGCACAUCAGGACUCCAUAAACCUCUUUUUACCUUCUAUCCUGUCUGCCCCUGGCGCUGAUGAUGAUGGAAGUGGAACUGUGACUAUUCUCGAAACCCUUCGUGUAUUACUCACAUCCAAGGAUGUUAUCGAAGGAAAGGGGGAGAAUACUAUUGAAUUUCACUGGUACUCGGCUGAAGAGGGUGGUUUGCUCGGCAGUCAAGCCAUUUUCUCCGAAUAUGAGAAGACUGGUCGAGAUAUUAAGGCAAUGCUUCAACAGGAUAUGACGGGAUACACUCAAAAGACUUUGGAUGCCGGAGAGCCAGAGAGUGUUGGUGUGAUUACCGAUUUUGUCGACCCUGACUUGACAGAUUUUAUCAAGAAGAUCGUUACCGAGUAUUGUGAUAUCCCAUACGUCGAGACAAAAUGUGGCUAUGCUUGCUCUGACCAUGCUAGCGCUUCAAAGGCUGGGUACGCCUCUGCUUUCGUCAUUGAGAGCGACUUCAAGUACUCCGAUAACCAUAUCCAUACUUCGGAUGACACCAUCAAGUACUUGAACUUCGACCACAUGCUGCAGCAUGCUCGUUUGACUCUUGGUUUGGUUUAUGAGCUUGCAUUUGCAAAGCUAUAGAUGGCUUUGUGCAGUAUAUUAAGUGGCUGUCUCGCACGCCAUCGAAGAUGAUUAUGGCCUUGGAUUAUUUGUAUUUACAAGAGAUUUUGGAAGCAUUAUAUUGGCAGAAGCAUCUAUCGUUAAUCUGUGUUGAAUAUCUGGUGGCUGUAAGCUUCACAUGUGUUGUGCAUUGAGACUAUGCAAGAAAUGUAUUAGGGUCAGAGGUGCAGGUGGCUUCAAUUCAAUUACCUAAUUGUUCAGAGAAAUGAAUCA